UUUCCUCUGAAACGUCAAUACGCUGUGAAAGUGCUGAAACAGCCACAACGUAAAGAAGAGUUAAAGCGCAGAAGGAUGUAUUAGGCUCUGCCCCUCGUGGGUCAGCCUACUGUCUGAGAAGGUGUCUGCACUGUUUUCAUGACGGGACACAGCCAGCCUCGGGGACAUGGCGCUCCUCAUCUGUUUACUGUCGCUGUCCUUCAUUUCUGUGACAUUUUUGGCAAAGUCCGCGCAACCGACCCCGAUUCAAGAAGAGAUAUUGGAUUCUACUUCUCAGGGAAGACUACAAUGGACUUCCAUACCAAAGAAAGCUUGGCAAGAAACGAAGCUGAAACUCGGACAGGGUUCGGCACACCUGGUCUAUCAAGGCUGUGAAAAUAAAUUUACUAACCAACCAAAAACAUUGUGGACUACAUGGUUUCCAAAGAAAAAUGCCCAUGAGGUCCUGUUAAACUUGCAGUUCACUCAAAAUGACCAAACACCCAUUACUGUCCUGUUACUAGAGGCUGAUGAACCUGUGGACAGUUUUGACUUGGAACAGCGGAGGCAGGAAGUUGUAGCUCCAAGUGCAUUUCAAACAGCUAAACAUGUGGAGGAACACUUGUACACUCAGGACCUGAAUUUGGGAAAGAUCUCCAGAAAGGGCUUCUAUCUGGGCUUCUCCUACAGUGGAUCGUGCGUGUUUCUUUCCUCGGUGCGCCUCUUCUACUUGAGAUGUCCAGGAUUUACAAUGAACCAGACUAGUUUUAGGGAAGUGUCAGCAGGAUCAGGACUGAGCAGAGGCCAGUGUGUGGAUGGUGCUGAAGAGAUUUCCACCCCAGAGAUGGAGUGUCUGUCAAAUGGAACAUGGAGUGGUCUGCAAGGAUCUUGUGUCUGCAGAGCAGGUUAUCAGGCCGAAGGGAACAUUUGUAAAGCAUGUAGGAUUGGCAGCUACAAACCUCUCAGAGGUAGCGGUGAAUGCCAGUCAUGCCCGCCCAACAGCAAAACACACUCAGAAGGUGCCUCAAAGUGUGAUUGUGAAGAGGGAUAUAACCGUCUGCAGGAUGACCCACCACAUCUAGGCUGUGCAAGACCCCCAUCAGCACCUCGCAACUUAACCGUCCAUCAUUUGGGUGACACAAUGCUGAUUGUGAACUGGGCUGCUCCUGCAGACCUGGGUGGAAGACAGAAAGUGAUGUAUGAUGUGGGGUGCAAACAGAACACAGGGCAGACUCAUGAUAUGUGGGUUCAGUGUGGGGAUUCUGUGAUCAUUCUUCCACAGUCCACUGGACUGACUGAGACAGUGGCCAACAUUACUGGACUGCAUCGUCACGUGAGCUACCAGAUCUUCGUCAGGGCACACAACCAACUAUCUGCUGAACAUGGCAGCUCUGGAUCUGUACAGUCCAUUACUGUGUGGAAGACUCCAGUAGUAAUCUCUCCUGCUCCUGUAACAAUGGUCAGUUCCCAGCUGAAGGAGCAGCAGCAGCAGUGGCUCACGCCUCCCGUGAUUGCAGGUGUGCUGUGUGGAGCGCUGCUGCUGUUUGCUCUCAUAUCAACCGUCCUCUGCUUUCUACGCCACCGUUAUAGCAAACUCAGGGAAGAUCAAGAUGUGGAGCUCAUGCCUCUGCAGACUAGUGGCAUAUCAUACCGCCGCCCUGUGGAAUCUGAGACUGCACCUCCACAACAAACCAGCAGUUCAGUUCAGGUUUUCGGCAGUGUGGUGAGUGACAGACUGCUGUGUGGGAUCAGAGAUGUGCUGGUGGAUCGCAGCAGACUGACGCUGGGUAAAGAGCUGGGAAAAGGAGAAUUUGGGGCAGUCUAUGAAGGUGUAUUCUCCCCUCAAGAGGGAGAGAAUAUUAAAGUGGCAGUGAAGACCAUGAGAGUUGGAAUUUAUUGCCAGGAUGAUCUGCAGUCAUUUCUAAAGGAAGCUGAGAUCAUGCAGCACUUUGACCAUGAUAAUGUGGUGAAACUUCUAGGUGUCACUCUGGAGAGCGAGGAGGACUCCUCCAUUCCUGUUCCUCUAGUCAUCCUGCCCUUUCUAAAACAUGGAGAUCUGCGGCGGUUUCUUAUAGCCACUCGCUACGGUGACAUUCCUAUGUUUGUGCCUCAUCAGAGCCUGCUGCGCUUCAUGGUCGACAUUGCCACGGGCAUGGAAUAUCUCAGCUCCAAGGGCUUCCUGCACAGAGAUUUGGCAGCACGCAACUGCAUGUUGGGAGAUGAUCUGCGUGUACGUGUUGCUGACUUUGGCUUGUCCAAGCAGAUCAUCAGCAGUGACUAUUACAGGCAGAAGGUUGCGAUCCGAAUGCCAAUAAAGUGGAUGGCCAUAGAGAGCCUUUCUGAGUCCAUCUACACCAGCAAGAGUGAUGUGUGGUCAUUUGGAGUGACCAUGUGGGAGAUCGUAUCCCGGGGGAGAACUCCCUACCCUGGCAUUUCCAACCACGAACUCCUGGAGAUGCUGGACGGAGGCUAUCGACUCAAACAGGGCGAAUGUGACGACAAAUUAUAUGAGGUGAUGCUGAGCUGCUGGCACAGAGAGCCCUCUCAGCGGCCGUGUUUUUCAGAGCUGGCUCAGACACUGAAAGCUCUUCUGUCUGAGCUUCCGCCGCUGGAGGCCAGUAUGGAGGCCCACUACAUCAACCAGGGUCUGGAGGCAGCCAACGCAAACCUGAGCAGCGCUGCAGAACCGGUGCCUGAAGGAGCCGUGGGGAACCUUUACCUGCCCGCCCCAGUCAGCUGUGCAACCACUCCAAAUAAGGAUGACAGGAUGAAAGAGAAAGAGGAGGAAGAAGAAGAAGAGGGAUAUCUGGUGUGCAAUAAAAACACAAAGUAGACCGCAAUGGAGCAAUGAGAGAACCAUUCAGCAGAUGGUUCUUUAAAGAACUAUUUUUGUAAAUGAGAUGUGUGAGUGUGAAGAAACAUUCCAGGAACUUUUAUUUUAAAUGUAGGCUGAUGUGUAUAUAAGUAUGUGUGGAUGUUUUUUUUAUCUGUGGUUGUUAAAUGCACAAAAAUAAGAGCAUAUAUUUUUA